UCAGACAGAAAAAAGAUGCUAAGAAUGGAGGUUACUGAAGUGCUGCACAUGAAUGGGGGCGUGGGAGAAGAAAGUUAUGCAAAGAAUUCCUUGGUUCAGCAAAAAGUGCUGACACUGACCAAGCCGAUUCGAGAGGAAGCCCUAGCCAACUUGUAUAGCAAAAGGCUCCCGGAAAGACUAGUGAUUGCAGACCUGGGUUGCUCUUCUGGUCCAAACACUUUCUUUGUGGUUUUUGAAGUUAUCAGAACAGUGGAGAAGCUUUGCCUUGACCUAAAUCAUCAGUCUCCAGAAUACCAAGUCUUCUUGAACGAUCUUCCAGGAAAUGACUUCAACAAUAUCUUUAGGUCUCUUGGUGGGUUUAAGAAGAAACUCGGUCAUGCAAUGGUUAAUGGGGUUGGUCAUUGCUUCUUAGCCGGGGCCCCUGGUUCCUUCUAUGGCAGGAUUUUCCCUUCAAAAAGCCUCCAUUUUGUCCAUUCCUCUUACAGUCUUCAAUGGCUCUCUCAGGUUCCUGAAGGAGUGGAGAACAAUAAGGGCAACAUCUACAUGGCAAGCACUAGCCCAUCAAAUGUGUUGAAGGCCUAUUACCAUCAAUUCCAGAGAGACUUUUCAUUGUUUCUCGAGUGUCGUGCAAAGGAAGUGGUGGAAGGAGGUUGUAUGGUGCUCACAUUUUUAGGAAGAAAAAGCGACGAUCCCUCUAGCAAAGAAUGCUGCCUUAUUUGGGAACUUAUGGCUAAAGCUCUUAAUGAUAUGGCCUCCGUGGGAAUGUUAAAAGAAGAGGAAGUGGACUCGUUCAAUAUACCCCAAUACACACCAUCCCCAUCUGAAGUGGAACAAGAGAUACAAAAAGAAGGGUCAUUCAGCAUCAAUCGCAUGGAGGUAUCAGUGGUGAAUUGGAAUGCGUACGAUGAUUGGAACGCAGUAGACAGUGAGUUCAGUGAGUCCGAAGUAGUGAAUGAUGGUGGAUAUAACGUCACAAAGUGCAUGAGGGCUGUGGCCGAACCGUUAUUGAUCAGCCACUUCGGAGAGGGUAUCAUCGAAGAAGUUUUCAAAAGAUACCAAGAGAUUUUAACAGAUCGGAUGUCCAAAGAAAAAAUUGAAUUCAUUAAUGUCACCUUUUCUAUGACCAGAAGAGCGUGACGAUGAUAUCAAGAUCCGUCAAACGUAUAGUAUCUAUAAUAGGUUUGUAGUUGUCUUAAAUAACUCCCUUCACCUGAGGAGAAUUGGA